AUUGACAAUAGAUUUGUCAAGAAAACUUGACGCUUUCAUGGCAUAAUAAAAUUUUUCAAGUGAAAUGAAUAAAUUAUAAUAAAAUACAAAAACAUGGAAAAACCUAAAAUAACUAAAAUAAAGAAGGCAAAAACCCUUGCACGAGGAAUUUCAAGCUUAUUAUCUAUGCUUGUAUAUACGAAACUUUGCUCCAGACAAAUUACUUACCCAGCACCGUAUGCCCAAUCUUGGAACAUUGAUACCACGCCAGUUCUUACAAGAGGAUAUCAUGGGAAGGGUCCUAAAGUUUUCCUCUUCAACAAUCCAAAGAAACGCGCAGACACUCAGAAGACCUGGAGUCAGUCGUAUUCAGCGGUACGUGGUCCAGACCCGACGGCUCCACAUCUGAAGUAUGGAGUCUUCCCUAAUAGAAGGGCUUCUUCUACGAGAAACUUACCAAAACCACCACUAAAACCGAAUUUCAAUCCACAUUGCCCACGCGAAGAAGCAAGAAGUUUAAUCAGCAACAAAACAUACCCAGUCCCAGCUAGAAAGAAACCGGUCAAAAAAGUUAAAGGACAACAAUCCGAUUCACCAAUGCUGGUAAUCAGAGCUUUAGACAAAACUUUCACAAAACAGUUAUCACUAUCAGAAAUAAUGCAUGUUGAUAUCAAACCCGGUAAAAGAAUACCUGGAACACCCAGUUUCUGUCCUCCUAACUACAAGGGACUAUCACCCAAACUCAUGAGCAUUCGAACACCUGGAUAAAUUGGUAACGUACUUUUUUAGCAACGGUGAAUAUAGUUUUUUUUUUUUAGGAAAAUUUUUCGUAAUUUGCUGUGAGAAAUGUUUUACUUUUUUAUGUUUUCCCAUUAGUGGUUUUGAGUAUAUGGGAAUUUUUGAGUACGGGUAAAGCAAUGCUAUAGUUUUUUUUCUUUUUUGUAAGUGAUUUUUUUAUUUUAUUGUUGGAACUGUGUGUUGGUUUUUUUUUCUUUUCUGAAAUAUGGGAAAUUAAGGAUGUGGGAAUUAUUGCUUUUUUUUGUGAGUUUUUGAUGGAAUUACCCUACUAUUUUAUAUGUACUCGCCAAAAUAUUACUAAAUUAUAAAACAGAUUUUUGAUUUCCUACAAACAGUACAGCUUGUCUUAUUCGCACUCUAUUUUUUCCCAAAUGGGAAUUUUCAUUUUUCCGAAUGGGAAUUCUCAUUUUUUGUUGAAAUUUUCACAGAUGUGCAAUUCAAGAAUUUCCCAUCAAUGGGAAUUAGUGAUACCUCUAAUGGGAAAAUAUAAAUUAUUGUGUUUUUUAUAUAAUGAUGGGGUUGUAAUAAAAUUGUA